AUGAGAGUGAAAGAUCGGCUGGUCCAAUGUAACGUAUCGCAGCCAGAUGUAACACGAGCACCACACCAAAGGCUGAUACCAAAUGCUCUCGACAGUUCGACUGACGUAUCUGCGUUUUCCGAAGAUACUUUCGAUGUGAAAGACUGGAUUAAUAAAACGUUCAAAUCUGUCGAGGCACAAGAAAACAGAGAUGUAAGUCAUACAGUUAUGGCAUUCGUUUCGUCAUUAGUAAUGAAAUUACAACUGUACGUGCAACAAGUUAAUGGUGCUUUAGAAGAGACCAGUCAAUCUGUUCUUUCAAGCUUGCCAAGGGUAUUGAGGGAUACCCAAUUGUUGCAACAAGAAGCCUUGGCUUUGAGAGAAAAAAUGAUUGCAGUUAAACAAGAAAUAGAAAAGGUUGAAAAAGAUACUGCUUCAUCCAUGGCAACGUUAGAGAAAAUAGAUAAAAUAAAAACAGACUUGCAAACUGCUAAACAAGGAUUACACGAAGCUGACAAUUGGAGUAUACUUGCCAAUGAUGUUGAAGAAGUAUUUGAGUCGGGAGAUGUAGAAGCUAUAGCAAAUAAACUGUUCAGUAUGCAAAAAUCACUGGCAAUGCUUAUAAAUGUUAUUGAUUAUGAAGAUAAAAAAUUACAAUUAGAAGGUUUGAAAAAUCGAUUAGAAGCUAUGGCUAGUCCAAAAUUAGUCCAAGCAUUCACUGCUGCAAAUUUAGAAGAAUCCAAAAUUUAUGUGGGUAUUUUUAAUAAAAUGGAACGUUUACCACAACUUCUUAAAUACUACCAUAAUUGUCUGAAAGUAUCAUUAGGACAAGAAUGGCGCAGAACUAUUGAAUUAGCACAAGAUGAAAAUGUUUCUUACUGGUUACACACUUAUUACGAUAAAUUAUUAUCUAAUUGGAAUGAUCAGGUAAAAUGGUCUCAACAAGUAUUUUCAAAUGACUCAGUUGAUGUAAUAAUUGAGGUAUAUGCAGAUCUUCUGAGGAGUUUGGACCCAGGCAUUCCAGAAUGUAUAGAAGCUCUAUUAAAACAACAUUCAAUUGCUGUACAAUUAUCACUGUUACUUGAACUUAAACAAAUUACAAGGCACUUUGCACUAAACUUGCAAGGUGCUAUUGAGACAUCAUCACAUGGAAAAUUACAAAAUCUAAAAUUGUUAUCAUUAGCGCAAGCAAUAUAUGCACCUUAUGUUCCAUAUGUUACAAAAUACAAUAUUUAUGAAACAGCUCAACUUGAACAACAGCUGCAGUCUAUGGGCUCUCCACAAGAUGAUUUAAGUGAUACAAUCAAUAUUCUUUCCCUUAGCAUUUCAAGAGUAAUGGAAUAUGCAAAUGAAGCCAAUAAAACGUGUAAAGUUUUUACAGAUGGUUGCGGUUAUCCUGGUUUAUUAAAAUCUUUAACUAGUUAUUUCAAUAAAUAUCUUGAAAAGUAUCAAACGGCUAUACGGCAAUUAGAACGCAAAAAAGUAAAGCAUGAAGAUUGGAAUUUGUUUCAAAUGUGUCUUACUUUGAUGCAAACUAUAGGUAGUGAUCUUUUGGGGCAAAUUCAACAAUUUGAGAAAUCUUUGAUAAUUGAUAUUACUGAAACUAAUAACAAGUUACAAAAUACAAGUGGCAGCGUUUUUAAUCAGUAUAAAAAAUUACUUUUAAAUAUAUCAACCCAAAAUGAAUUGGAGAAUUUAACCGCAUCUUUUCAAAAAGAAGAAGAAACAAUUCUCGAUCCAAUAAUAAAAUCUAUUCAGAAAUUAUGUUCUGAUUUACAUCGUGCAACAUAUGAAGUAAUCUUCGCUCCUAUCUUUACACAGUUAUUAUCAGUGCAAAAAGCACCAGCAUGGUCAACAGAAACUAACAAAAUGACUCAUUUAAGUGCAGAUUUACCUGAUUAUAGUUUUGCACCUCAGGAAUAUAUAACACAAGUUGGACAAUAUUUAAUGACAUUACCACAGCAUUUAGAACCCUUUUUACUUAGGGAAAAUCCAAGUCUUACCCAGGCAUUAAAAGCAGCAGAUCCACAAUAUGCACAAAGUUCCACUGAAUCUGGAUUUACUGGUAUUUUGUUAGAAAUUAUUGCUAAAGAAACAUGCCAAAUGUUUCUAGAUCAAACAUUAGGAAUUUGCCAGUUAAGCUCCGCCGCAUGUAAACAACUAGCAACUGACAUAGAUUACCUCGGUAAUGUAUUAGAAGAACUUGGUCUAUCUUUAUCAGAAAAUCUGCAACAUAUGUCUCUUUUAUUAAGACUACCACCGGAAGAUUAUCAGAACAGCAGCUCUGGAUGCAAUGCCAGAGUUGUAGCUGCAGUCAGACAAAUAAGAAAUAUAACAUCUUCUGGCUAAAUAACGUGCAAUGGUUAUAAAUUAAUAGACUAAGUUAUAAAUUAAAAUUUAUAGCUAUUUUAAUAAUUAUAAUUUUGUAUAAUUUAUUUAAGUUUUUUGUAUAUAUAAAAAACAAAUGAAAUAUUCUUGUAUAAAAAGUGAUUAGACUUAAAUAAACUAUACAUAUUUAUUUCAUUUUAUAUCGUAUAUUUUUUUAGAAUUCAUAUUUUAUUAAUUAUGCGCAAUAUUAUAAUUAAUAAACUAAGAUAUAAAUUUCAUAGUUCCUCUUCUUGUAGAAAAAUAUCUUUUUAAGUCAUACAAAAAUAUUUUAUAUUUUCAUUAAUAUAUAAAAAAACUAAAUGGAAAUAUAUUGUGCAUUGAACAUACUAGCAUCUAUUAGUUAUUUAUAUACAAAUGGUAAUUGUAUUAUUUUUUUAAUAUUGCAUCUAUAACUACAUUUAUUGCGUCAUUUACAGACCUGGAAAGAUAAGAUUAACACUUUCAAUCAUACGAUUAUUAUUACAGUUAAUACAUUUUUAUUUUUAAAAUAAAAAAUUAAUAAUACCUGUCAAAAGGAGUAUCACAAGAUUGCUUUUGGUAAUGUACUUUGGAUGCUAAUGUAACAUUCUUAAGUAAAUUAAUAACUUUUUUAUCAUUUGAUUUAAGCAUUUUAUAUAUUAUUAGCAAAACAGAUAACAUGUCAAUCUGAAAUAUGAAAUGAAUUAGUGUGACUAACGAUAUAUUUUAAACAGUACAAAUAUACUUACUUUUGUACAAUUUGUUAUUGUCUUUGUUAAUACUUGUAUGCUCAAUUUUUGAUAUUUUUUUUGGUCGAAUACAAUUUUUAAUAUCUUCUUCGCUAAAUAAGGAAAUUGAGUACUUGAAAUGUAUUCCUCCGUUAUGUGUGAGCAUUGUAACUCACAUGUUAUUUCUGCACUUACACUACUGAUUGCAACGUUAAACAUAGUAGUUAUGUAUGAAAGAUACGAAUUUUCGUUAUGAAAGGUAUUUUUAAUAACAGAAAAAUAUUUUUGCGUUAAUUCUUGCAGUAUUUUUAAGUCCUGCAGUUAAUAUUUACUUGUUAUUAUAGAAAAUAUCACGUUUUUUUACAUAAUUUUCUAAAUACUUACAUUUGUAUAUUUAAAUAAUAUAUCUUUGUUAUACUUAGUUAAAGUAA